AUGGCCGACCACAAAUCCCGCUCUCAAUCUCCACCUCCCUCCCGCGAUGCGACUUCCAGACGCCGCAGCAGAUCUCCCCGCAGUCGCGACGACAGGGAUCGCCCGCGAGACAAGCCACGAGGUGGUGGUGGCGGGUUCAAAUGGAAAGACAACAAGCGCCGCGACAACAACAACGAUGACGGGAAGGAAAAAAGACUAGAAAGGGGUUAUCGGAAUCGAUCACGCUCGCCUCGAAGAGAUCGAGAUCGGGAGCGCGAUAGAGAAAGCAAGGGGAAUUCUGUGGAGGAUAAGUUUGGCGUUGCAGAUAAAUUUGGUCUCUCUUCGUCCUCAAGCUCCUCGAAACCUAAAUCCGACAGCCAAGGAGAGAAGGAGGGGAAAAAAGAGAAAGCAGCAGCAGCGCCGGUAGCACAACCAACGGGAGAAGCUAUGAUUAUAGUCCAUGUGAAUGAUAGAUUGGGGACGAAAGCAGCGAUUCCGUGUCUGGCGAGUGAUCCGAUUAAGCUGUUCAAGGCACAGGUUGCGGCGAGGAUUGGUAGGCAGCCGCAUGAGAUUCUGCUGAAGAGGCAGGGGGAACGGCCGUUUAAGGAUCAGUUGACGCUUGAGGAUUAUGGGGUCAGUAAUGGGGUGCAGAUCGAUUUAGAGAUUGAUACUGGGGACCUCCUCAACCUCACCUCACCUCACCUCCACCAACAACUCAGCAAUGCAAUGCUAACAACACAACCGCACCUUCGCACCCGGCGGCCCUCGCCCACAACAGUUGAAUACACCGUCUCCACCUAUCCCUCCCUCACCCUGCCUCUCCGCCUGCUCCUCCUCCUCGCCUUCCUCCUCCGCUUGACCCUCGGCCUCAGCGUCCUACUCCUCCUCUACUCGAAAUACCUCCUCAGCACCUUCUCCUCCACACCUAAGACCUACAACUCCCCACCUGAAUUCCCCAGUAUCGACUAUGCAUUAUUCCUCCUCGGCCACAUCAACACUUCGAGUCUCGGCCUCUUAUUCACAAGGCUCGCAGCCAGUAUUCCGGCCGUCGUUAUAGUGCCGAGUUCAAUAGUGGUGUUGUAUAUGCUUACGCUGCGUCUGCAUACCACGGAAUCGUUGCUCGUGCUAAGGGGGCUGGGAAUCCAGACGUCGACCAGCUCGGUGACGUAUCUGAGUAGCGCGACGACGCGCUUUAUACCUACAGAGAAGAUCCAGGAUAUAUUGGUGAAUGAGGCGUUUAGGGGGUUCGAGGUACGCUAUUAUUUGGUGGUGGUUGUAGAGGGGGAGGAGCAGGUCGUGGUGGUUUUCCCUAGACUGCUGCCAAGGCGUGGGGUGGUGGAGACGGUUUGGAGGGGUGGGAGGGGGGUUUUGUUUGAGCCUGGGGGUGGGUGUGGGAAGGAUAAGGAGAGGGGUUAUUGA